AUGGGCUGGGGUGACCUGGGUGUGUAUGGAGAACCUUCCAGAGAGACCCCAAAUUUGGACCAGAUGGCUCUAGAAGGGAUGCUUUUCCCAAACUUCUAUUCUGCCAACCCUUUGUGCUCACCAUCCAGGGCAGCCCUGCUCACAGGACGGCUGCCCAUCCGAAAUGGCUUCUACACAUCCAACGGGCAUGCAAGAAAUGCUUAUACACCUCAGGAGAUCAUGGGUGGCAUCCCUAACUCAGAGCACCUCCUGCCAGAACUCCUGAAGAAGGCAGGCUACACCAACAAGAUAGUGGGCAAAUGGCAUCUAGGUCACAGACCCCAGUUCCAUCCCUUGAAACAUGGAUUUGAUGAGUGGUUUGGAUCCCCCAACUGUCACUUUGGACCUUACGACAACAAGGUCAAGCCCAACAUCCCUGUGUACAGGGACUGGGAGAUGGUCGGCAGAUUUUAUGAAGAAUUCCCAAUUAACCUGAAGACUGGGGAAGCAAACCUCACCCAACUCUAUUUACAGGAAGCUCUGGACUUCAUCAGGACACAGCAUGCAAGGCAGAGCCCCUUCUUCCUCUACUGGGCCAUUGACGCCACUCAUGCACCAGUUUAUGCAUCAAGACCUUUCUUGGGUACCAGCCAUCGAGGGCGGUAUGGUGAUGCUGUACGGGAAAUAGAUGACAGUGUUGGAAAAAUCCUGAGCCUUCUGCAAAACUUGGGCAUCAGUAAGAACACAUUUGUCUUCUUCACAUCUGAUAAUGGUGCAGCCCUCAUUUCUGCUCCCAAAGAAGGUGGCAGCAAUGGUCCCUUCCUGUGUGGGAAGCAGACUACAUUUGAAGGUGGGAUGAGAGAACCUGCAAUCGCAUGGUGGCCGGGGCACAUUGCUGCAGGCCAGGUCAGCCACCAGCUGGGAAGCAUCAUGGACCUCUUUACCACCAGCCUGUCCAUUGCAGGCCUGAAACCACCCAGUGACAGGAUAAUCGAUGGACUUGACCUACUCCCCACUAUGCUCCAGGGCCACGUGAUGGACAGGCCCAUAUUUUAUUACCGUGGAAACACAUUGAUGGCAGUCACUCUUGGCCAGUACAAAGCCCACUUCUGGACUUGGACCAACUCCUGGGAAGAGUUCAGACAGGGCAUUGACUUCUGCCCCGGUCAGAAUGUCUCAGGAGUCACAACCCAUACCCAGGAAGAACACACGGAGCUACCCCUGAUCUUUCACCUGGGACGUGACCCAGGGGAGAGAUUCCCACUCAGCUUUGCCAGUGCUGAAUACCAGGAUGUCCUCAGCAGGAUCACCCAGGUUGUCCAGCAGCACCAGAAGUCCUUGGUCCCUGGACAGCCCCAGCUCAAUGUGUGUAACCAGGCUGUCAUGAAUUGGGCACCCCCAGGCUGUGAAAAGUUAGGGAAGUGUUUGACACCUCCUGAGUCUGUUCCAGAGAAGUGUUCCUGGGCCCAUUAGCCAGAACAGAAUCUCCAGCCAGCCCUGCAAGUGCCUACAAGACUUGGGACUGAGGGAUGACAGAGAUCAGCUGCCCUUGGCCCACCACCACUGGUUAGAUGGCCCCUGCAACCAGUAGCAAGGUUCCAAGUCUGCACAUACUGGAGACCUAACCCUGAAGUCCACUUUCUAGCACUGCAGCCCAUCUUCCCAUCUGGCUAUUGAAAAAGAAGCAGUUCAUGGCCUUGACCAUGACCCACUGCUCCAGUCCAGGGUCUGAAGGGGUGUCACUUUGCCUUCUCACUGUCCCUGCAUAUAUUUCAACCUUGGUGUUGAAGACAAAGCUGAAGAUUUCAGUGCUAUGCAAAGGAGCCAUCAUCUAUCUGGCCAUCAGUCCUCAUCCCCAUGUCAAUUCCCUUGAGUUACCCUCCUCUUUUCCCACUGGCUACACACAAGAGGUAAAGAUAUCACAUUGUGUCAGGUGGUGGUGGUGCACACCUUUAAUCCCAGCUCUUGGGAGGAAGAGGCAGGCAAACCAAGGCCAGCCUGGUCUACAAGAGCUAAUUCCAGGUCAGCUAGGUCUACACAGAGAAACCCUGUCUCGAAAGACCAAAAUAAAUAAAUAAAUAAAUAAAUUAAAGAAACCACAUUGUCCAGUCCAAGGGGAGAUCUGUCACUGCCCCAUGGAAACAGGAAGAUGACAUCCUAAAUUUCUGGCUUAGCACACUGUGGAACCAUUUCUGCUGUGCCUGCCACUGUCAUGUGCAGGCUACAAGAUAUAAUCUCCAAAACCCCUUCCUGAAGGCUCAUGGGAGUUGUUCAUCAUGAACAAGUUUUCACAUCUGUGCAAUGAUUGUAAUGCCAAAGCUGAAUUGUAAAGGUUGGGAAAUGAUAAUGAAGAGAAAUUGAGAGACCAAGAAUAAAGGAACAGAAAGUGUGUUAGCUCUUUUA